UUCCCGGAUCCCGGAUGUAGAAUUUGUUACAAGCGGUGAAAUCUUUACAUACUCCUGGCCGGAAAACAGCUAUUAAAGCCUGUGGAUAAAACGUCGACUUCGCCUAAUAUAGAGUCCCAUGACAGUUGGACUACUGCAAGGAGAGCGACACUACAGAGGCAGGGACAUGAGCUGUGAUAUAGUCCAGAGGACCACAUUUGCGUCAUAGUCGUUCCCAUAAUGCUGUCAACUGUGGAGGAGAAGGAUCUCGAAGAAGAGGCCAUUGACUCCAGAAAGGCAUCUCUUAAAGCGGCAAGGGGACCUCUGCUCUCUCUGGGUGCAACGGUUCUCUUCGCCAUAUCAUCGGAAUUUACGGCCCUCAGUAGCAUAGACGGAAUCCCGGGUUUCCAUUUGGUAUUUUUUAUGAGACUGAGCCAGUUUCUCAUAGUUUUAGUUUGCGUUAUAAUCUUUCGUCCAAAAUUGAUAGGUAAAAACAAACACCAGAAUGGUUUAUUGUUUCUUGAAGUUGUUGUUAACAACGUCGCUACCACCCUGAUGUAUUUUUCCUUCACCUAUGCUUCUCCAGGGAUCGCGUUUGGCAUCAUUCAAGGGUCCAUGCCCUUGUUUACGGCCUGUUUUGGGUUUAUAUUCUUAAAGGAAAAAAUUGGCCUAAUACCGAUCUGCGGGAUCCUAAUCAGCAUCAUCGGGGUGAUUCUAGUCAGCAUCGGGAUGGCCCACCAGUCUGUGGGCCCCACAAAUGCAAUGGCCGUGUCCAUUCUCCUGCCGCUGGCUGCUGCCUUCAGCAAAGGACCAGAUAUGGUUCUUUGUCGAGCCAUCCUGAAGGACAUGUCAGGCAUCACAAUGCUGUUAUACAUAACAUUACCGGGAACAGUAGCUCAGCUCAUACUAACUUACUCAUUUGAGACCCCGGUCUGGGUGAUGUCAGCAAAGACAGCAGGGUACAUAGCCGGGCUGGGCUUGUCCCAAGCCGUGGCCAUGUUGUUUUUCUUGGGAGUACUAAAAGUAGAGAAGGCAGCCAUAGCUGUUGCACUGCGCGCACUUGUGAUACCGCUCACCAUUCUACUGGACUAUCUCAUCCUGUCGAAAGUGCCAAACGCUAUCAAAUGGGGGGGUUUGUCUCUAGUCAUACUUGGAACAUUGGGGCUUGGCAUCUAUAUUUGGUGGUCACAUAAACAGAAAGAAAAACGGAAGACUUUAUUAAAAAAGAUGGAUUUCGACCAGCUGAUAGAUGACACUGACUAAAUUUUUCAAAGAGGUCCUUGUGUAGUCUACUGGUAUU